AUGUCCCAGACGCUAGAUUCUGGUCGUGCUGAACGUCUCCCCUGCCUGCGAUGCCUGACAAACCUAUAUUCGCCGAGACGAGAGAGUCCGGUGCACUUGGAGAUGACUUGCAAGCGAGGCCCCUUUGCAUGCUCUCGCUGCGUUCGACUUCGUGACAAUGGAUGUGCAACCGGAAUGCUCGAGCCGGACAGAGCCACUACUUCCCAGGAGCGAAAUAACACUAUGCAACGGCUUAUUGAUGCCCAAAACCAAUUCAUAAAUAGAAAGGCCGCUUUAGCUCGGCGCCGGCAGAAAACCACCACCGGGCCUGUGUUGUACAGCAAGAAAAAGGGAGAGGCUAUGCGGAGGUGCAAAUUGCAGACUCAAAACAACAGUAGCGAGUCAAGCGACUGUUUCAUCAUCGAGGAAAGUGAUUCUAGCAGCACGACCAGCAAUGCUACUAGCGAUGACAGUAGUGUCAAUCGGCCACUCCCUCGCAGGGCUACGACCCAGGCAAGCGUGGCUGCCUUGAGCCGCAAAGUCGACUCACUUAUGGAUAUGCUUCGCCCAGUGCCCGAUCUUCUGGCUUCUCUGACCGAGAGCAACCAAGCGUCUCUAGAUGCGUUCCUUCAGGGCGUACAGGACUACACUCCCAAGCGUCAAAAUCACCUCUCUGUUGUCAUCCCGUCUCCCACUGUAACUGUUCCUACCACACCUACACCUUUGCCUGCUGCCUACCCAGAGUCGUCGCCUAGUAUAUAUUCUGCAAAGUCCGCAAGGUCUACAAGGUCAGCCAAGUCUUCCCGGUCAAGAACAUCUGCUGGAAACUAUUUGUUUGGGGGAUCUUCUUCCCGGGUAGCUUCGAGUGCGAGGCGUGGUCAAGGCUAUUGUUAG